UUGCUUCACCAUUGCAGUAGCCACCCGUGCCUUAGCAAUGGAUUGCGUCUAUUGAUUUUGCAGCAGGUGAGCUUGCAAUGGCUCUAUGGGUGCUUGUAGCUGGCAUCACUAUUGCCUUAAGCCUUCUAAUCUCUUCGGCGGUCAGCUUCUGGAUCUCUUCCAGGCAAGACCCUCUAGAGGAGUUGGGGGUGAAAUCGACCUAUCCUAGAAGUGCUUUGCCUGAUGACAAGAUUCAGGCAUACAUGCAACUCAAAGAUAAAAUGCGCACGGAGUUCGCAAAGGAUGCAAUCGGCGAUAUGUGGGUAUCAAAAUUACCUGCGCAUGUAAAAGACAUGCUCAAGUACAGACUUAUGCAGCGAGCCAUCGGAGACAUGUCACUGCUACAAAAGAUUGACGCUGAUGCGCGUGGCUAUUGGAAGCUGUUUUCCAAGGGCAUCAUCACUUCGAAAUUUUGGAACUCAGUGCUGGCAGCAGAGCGAGAGCUCUCCCAAGAGAUAGAAGCUGUCAAAAAUGAGGCUCUGGCAAUUGAACCGUCCCAUGACCCGCAAGGCAUAGUAUCUGAGGCUAUGCAGCUGGUUGUCAGAUAUGGUGACAAGAUCUGGGACAAGUUUCCAGAGCCGCCGGAAAACGCACCAGGAGGUUCUAAUGCCCUCGCUGCAGCAGCAAAGGCAGUUGCAGCUGCUGGUAUGCCCAGACCUCCUGGUGCACCGCCUGGACCAUUUCCGCCUCCCGGACCGCCGCCACCGCAGCAAGGUGGCUCAACUGACACCUACAAAUGGCGGCAGGACACCGAGGAAGUCGAGGUCUCUGUGAUUGUGCCUGACAACACGGUGAAGACGGAAGUGAAGGUGCAGUUCCAGAGCAAGUCCCUGAAGGUUCUGCGAGCUGGAAAGGCUCUGGUGGAAGGGGUGCUGGCUUCACCAUGCUGUCCUGAAGGCUGCACGUGGACGCUGAGCAAGGGCCACAUAGUGGUGACCUUGGAAAAAGCCGACCCGAAGCCGUGGCGUUCCCUUUUCGUAGAACGUUCCUGAGUUGAAUCGUGAUGACUUACAUAGAAAUUGUAAAGUCAUGUAGGGCGUAGGAGACCUUCGCACUUGGGGUCUAGACUUGUCUCGCUGCUUUGCAGGCGUAGAGAGUCUGAAAA